AUGUGGUCUUCUCCUACAUUUUAUUUAUUGUGCCUUCAAUCUAUAUUUGUAAUUGUCACAGCACAAACAUGUAGCGAUAAUGAUCCAAGUUGUCCAUCAUGGGUUUCAUCAGAUCCAAGAUCCUGUCUUAAGAAGGAUUAUAUCAAGACGAAUUGCCGAAGAAGUUGCAGGAAUUGUCCGCGAUAUCAAGCAAAAUAUGAUCUUCGAAGGCUUCCACCUCAACUUCGAUCAAUUACUGGAUUAGUUGGAAAAUGGCGAGGAGAACAUACUGGAAGAGUCAGUUUUCCCACCAUUCCAACUUUCAAAUAUAGCGAAGAAAUUGAUAUUUCGAUUCCAGAAGGAGGAAGAGUGAAUUCUCUGAACUAUACAGCAGUUGCUUGGUCCAGUGAUAACGAAGAACUGCAUAGUGAAUACGGAUACAUCACAGUGAAACCGAAUACUCGAGAAAUAUUACUAACAACAGUGAUGGGAAAUGGCUUCAUCACAGUUGAAGAAGGUCCGUUUUUUGGAAACACCAUAAAAUUCGUAUUAAAAGAUAUUGGAAGGAUCAGUUUUGUGAGAGACGAGCAUUUGCACAAUCUAGUACGUGAAUGGACAAUUGUGGACAGUUCGAAGUUAAAAGCCCGUUUGUCGAUUCAAACGCUUUCGCACAAAAUGUCCGAACACACUUCUAUAUUGUAUUCUAAGGUUCCACUAUGA